UGCUUCAAUUUCUUUCGUUCUUGUCGUGAUCUUGGUAUUUCAUUAUGUCUGGACGAGGCAAGCAGGGUGGCAAGGCUCGUGCUAAAGCCAAAACUCGCUCUUCUCGGGCCGGCCUUCAGUUCCCCGUGGGCCGAGUGCACCGCCUGCUCCGCAAGGGCAACUAUGCCGAGCGGGUGGGGGCCGGCGCGCCGGUGUACCUGGCGGCGGUGCUGGAGUACCUGACGGCCGAGAUCCUGGAGCUGGCGGGCAACGCGGCCCGCGACAACAAGAAGACGCGCAUCAUUCCGCGUCACCUACAGCUGGCCAUCCGCAACGACGAGGAGCUCAACAAGCUGCUGGGCAAAGUCACUAUUGCUCAGGGCGGUGUCCUGCCGAAUAUCCAGGCCGUGCUAUUGCCUAAAAAGACCGAGAGUCAUCACAAGACCAAGGGCAAGUGAACCAACUGAAAUAGUCUGGGCAGCUACCACCUUUUCUAUUACACAAAGGCUCUUUUCAGAGCCAUCCACAUUUUCACAUAAAAAAAGCUUGUAACUCA